CACCUGUUGUUUGAUUAUCUUUGAUCAACAUUAGAGCAGACGACUGAAAGUGAUCAGCAUAAAAAAAGUCAUUUUUUUCUCAUAUUUUGCAGUGAACUGUGGGAGCUGCCUGCAUCUAUUGCUCCAUACCAACUAUGACGGUGUCCCCUAGUUGCCAGUUGCUUACUUUCAACCCCUCGCAGAGGGCACUGGCCCUCUAUACUUCCCUCCGCUAAUGCCAAGGGAGAAAAAGCAAUCCAAGGCCAAGAGAUUCAGAGCUUCUUCAGACAGUGACUUGGUCAGCCAGACAGAGAGUGAGCAUUCCAACACUAGCGAGCCCUCCAGCCCUAGGAAGAAACACAAGAAGGCUUCUGCUAAGCAGGCCGCUGCUAGUGGGAGUACCCCUGAUCUCCCCCAGGCCCUCCUUCCGCCCCAGCCCCUCCACGCCAGCCACAUCAGUGCAGCCAACCCCUUUGACGACACCCCAAACCCUGUGCCGCGGCCCAGCCACCCGGGCUUCAUGGCGCGCCGCAUGAUGAACCCCCGGGCUAUGAACGCGGCACCCCCACCCUUCCCCGGUAUGAUGAUGAACAGUGGCUAUCCCCGGGGAGGUAUGCCCCCCGGGGGCUACCCGCCGCCGGGACCCCACAACGGACCCCCAAUCCAUCACCACCCGCCCAUGUACAACAUGGGUAACCACCAGCAGGGCCCGCCCAUAUUCAUCUGCGGGAUCUGUCGGAUGGAUAUCCACGAAGGGGAAGAGACCAUACUUUGCGAGAGCGGCUGUAACAUGUGGUUCCAUCGCGUCUGUACAGGGCUGACGGAGGCAGCCUACUCACUACUGACCACGGAACAGCUGGCUGAGUGGGCCUGCGACAGGUGCAUUCGAGAGAAGAAAAUUCCCCUGGUCAAAAUUAAACCACAACAGGUCAUGUUCUCCGCCAGUAAUUAGUUUAAGAUUGUCGUACCAUUAACAGCAUCAGGAGUCUGAUGUAUUCAAAGCUCUGAUUGGGUUGUGGCUGAACUAAUAGAUGUAAUCAAGUCCAUCAAAUUCAGGAAUAAAGUGUGCAAAGGCCAAUUUGUAGUACAUGUAACAGGAAAGAUGCUGUGUGAGCCUUGCAAUAAUGUUUGGCAUGAACAUUCAUGUUGUUUCUUUGCAAAGUUGUGGUAAAGUAAACAGGCAAUUGAUGGAGGUACAAUCUCUUGUUCUGAAAUCUUGGUUCUUACAGCAUACAAUGCCAAGAUGAACUCUCAAGUUCAACUUUAAUAGCAAUGGCAUCUGCACAUAGGAAUGCAGUCAAAUCCACACCAGCAAGACACUCCCAUGACAUGGUAAAAUGUAGUCUUGGUCAAAGACUGUUAUUUUUGGUUUAUAUUUUCGAGCAUACCCCUGACAAGCGCCCUAGCUUGAAUACAGCGUGCAUAAGGUAUGCUCGGAAUAUAAUAAUAAUUUGGGGGGCUAAUCAUUCUUACUCGCAGCUGAGAAGCAUUGCUAAAGACGCGGCUACAAUGUGGUCGAGUCGAAGGCCUGUAAAGGUGCCUUUGGCAGCCACCAUACGACCCUUGUAUGACCACGGAGCACAGCCAGACAUCAAAAGUGUUUGGGGGUUUUUUGCGGAGGGAGGAAAAUCGGAGAGCCCGGAGAAAAGCCCUUGUGGCACAGGAGAGAAUUCACGCACAACUCUACUUACGUAUGGUCCGAGCCGGGAACGAACCAGGGCCACAGUGGUGAAAGGCAAGUGCUUUAUGCACUAGCCACACAUGCCACCCAUUUAAUUUAUCCCAUCCUGGGUAGCAAUGCCGAAGUUCCCAAAACUGGACUUGACCCAUCAUGUUGAUAGCGACCUCUACCACCUUGGUGGCUUUACUGCGCUUGUAUCAGGGACGACUGCAUUAGAAGAAUAAAAUGCAACUCCAGUCUUCGUCCAGGACUACAUUUUACCAUGUCAUAGGAGUGCCUGUGGGCCAACACUUAGCUGCCUCCUUCAGUGCAGCACCAUUGCUUUGUGCACAUUUAUCAGACUACCAAAAAUGUAACCAACCAGCACAAUGGUGGAUUAAUCAAAUAACUGGAUAAUCGUUGCGGGCCCAGUUUACAAUAAAUUUAUCAUCCUCCAAACUACAUGUAUCAGAGAUUCAGGUUUGCUGGGAGAUAACGGUCAAGGUUAACAAAGAUUUGCCAAAUUUUGUACAAUGUUAUGUGUAUAUUUUAGUCUGUCAGUAUCAGCUAUGGGUUGUUUGGACUUUUGAGAGGUUUCCAGUAGACAUGUUAUUGCAAUUCUUUUCCAAUUAUUAUUUGAUUGGUAAACAGUCUUAAUGUUAAUAAAGGUGUUAAUUUUUUGUUUCAUCAUCAAACAAUAUAUAUAUAUACGUGUAUGAAGGAAUGUUCUGAUAAUGUGGAUUUACGUAUAGAUAGAUGGAUCCAGUGAGCACAAUGAGAAGUACAUGUACAUUUGUAUCUUUUAAGUGGGUACUACACUUGCAUUCAUGUUCCAUGGUUCCUGAAUUUGAGAUGCGUGCACAUUUUGAAAAACCUAUCAUUGCUGUGAGAAUUAAAAGUGCAAUUACAACGUUCACAUAGGGUGUACUUCUUCACUAUGAUCCCUUUGUGGUCACCACAUUAGUAGGUCUACACUGUAGUUCACAUUAGGUGGAAAGGUACGUUAACAAAACAGGGGGAAAAGUGUCUGAAUUUGCAAAGUGAGAUGUAAAAAAAUGAUACUUUGCGAUAUGGGUGGGCAUCGGAACCGGGAACCCAGAUACCCGACUGCUGAUGUCAGGAACCAGUUCCAGAUUAUGGAAUCGAGUAUUCAUAACCAACUUUACAAAUUACUUAGUAACUUCUCAGACAAUGAAAAAAAAAAGAUUUUAAUGCCAUUUGUGGGGAUAUUUCAAAAGGAAAAAGAGGAUAGGGUCUACAUGGAAUACCAAAACAGAUUUCACGUUGAUGUGCAUUUUAAUGCUCAACAGAUUAAUGCCUGCAAAGGUUGCAGUUGUCGUCAAAAAGCUAUUAAUCUUUUUAGACAACUUCCGGAAUUCGAAUUUUGGGGUUGGGUUUCUUUUACAGAUACCCGGGUAGCCGUGUUUUACUUCAGUAGGGUACCCGGUUCCUGUACUACCCGUAAAUGCACACAACUACUUUGUGAUAAUUCCUGUUCUGUACUUAAAUCGUUCAUUUUUCAGAAGAUAGUCUACUUCAGUAGUUGGG